AUGAGAUAAUCAUUACUUAAAUUGAGAGAAGAAAUGGAUGAAUAUAUAUAACAAUUAGAAGAGAAAACAAUGAAUAUUAAAAUGAAUAAAGUAAAUUAUAUGGAGGAAAUUAAUUAUCGAAUGGAUACUUUAAAUUAUUAUCCUCCAGAUAAUUUAACUAAUAAAUCAUAUUUGAAAAUAUUGAAUUCAAGAUUAGUACCUUGUCUAAAUCCAUCUGCUAAGAAAAUAUUUGAAUGCAAUGAUGAUCACGAUAUUGAAGAAUAAACUAAUUAGGUCCUUACUAGUUAUUAAUAUUUAAAAUUAAGACCCUAAUAUGGUCUUGCAUAUUCAAUAGGUGAUCGAUUACCAUAACCAAUGAAAAAAAUAUGUCAAAAAUUUGAAGAAUAACCUGCAGAAAUUGAAAAUUAAACUUAAGUUUUAUGUGUAUGUUACAAAGAAUUAUAUGGAGAAAGUAACUUAGCUUAAUGGUAAAUCAUCACAGGACAGAAAGAAAAUCUUAAUUUUAAUAUGAAAUAGGCAAAUGACGAGAUUACAAAUUAUAGAUCCACUUCAGGUGAUGGUUCAGUUCCUUGGGAACCAAAUUCAGCAUAGUAUUUAUUAUAUCAUAACAUUUUUUAGUUCAAGUAUUAUUCAUGAUUGA